AGAUAGAAACUACCCAAUUCUUCUCCUUUCAUUACUACAAGUUUUUACCAUGGAAAAGAACCACCUUGUUUCUGUCGCUGUAACUGUUGCAUGGUUAAUAACAAUUGUUCUCCUAUGCAUUGCUGGCAAGAACGCGUUUUUUGACCUGGAAGAAAAUGGCUGUGAAAUGACGUACAUGUUUGAAUAUCCGGAAUACAUAAGACUCGAACUAAAGAAAAAGAUUUCGAAGAAAUACCCAAGAUAUGGACUUUACUUAUAUGGCGAAGGGUUAUAUGCACAAGAACAAAGAAGAUCCUUUUCACCAAAUGGAAUACCAGUUCUAUUUAUCCCUGGGAAUGCUGGAAGUUACCGGCAAGUCAGAUCACUCGCAUCGGUUGCUUUACGCAAAGCAGAACGGUACCGAAAUCACUUUAAUUAUUUUACAAUUGAUUUUGAUGAAGAUUUCAGUGGUUUAUAUGGUGGUGUGUUGAUGGAGCAAGUCAAUUUCGUUCAGAGUUGUUUGAGACAUAUUGUUAGAAUGUAUGAAAGGAAAACAUCUGGUCCGGUGAUUUUGAUUGGUCAUUCAAUGGGAGGAAUGAUUGCGCGAGCUCUAUUUACAUUGGACAAUUUCCAAUCAAAAUUUGUAUCAAUUCUCAUCACACUUGGAACACCUCACGUUGCACCUGUUGUACCAUUUGAUAGCCACCUGAAUACAUUUUAUUUUAAUGUGAAUAAAUUUUGGAAAAAUACUCCUUCAGUAGCAAACCUCAGUGUAAUAUCACUUGCCGGUGGUGCAAGAGACAUAUUAGUUCCUGCAAGAUAUUGUUAUCUCCCUCGUAAUAUGCAUAUUGAUUUACAAUACAGUGCAGUCACAACUGCUGUACCUGAUGUAUGGCUAACAAUUGACCAUCUAGCUCUGUGUUGGUGCAAACAACUUAUUCUGGUUAUAAAUCGAGCAUUGUUCGCUUUACUUGAUGAAGAUGCCUACACUAAUAGGAUCACUGAAGAUAGAAUAAAGCAAGUACGAGUUUUGCAGCAAUAUUUUGGAGUUUUUGAUAAACAAAAUGAAGAUAUAUUAUCCGAAAUCAGAAUUGAUCAAUCGUCAGCAAUCUAUAACGAGACAAGUUUGUGGAAUCAUUUUGAAGAGAUAUCCCUCUCUGGAACACUUCUGAUUCCAGUUGAUACGACUGGGAUUGGUGCACAAUUUAUUGCACUAUCAAACUCUUUGGGAGAUAUUUCUAUCAUGAGUUGUCAAAGUGUACAAAUGGAUAGAUGUACUGGUAGUAAGGUGAUCUCUUUUGAAACAUUACCAAAAACGUCGAAGGAGAGAGCAGGCUUUGUGCAACUUACGAAACUCAUAAAUACAUCAUAUAUAAAAGUAUCUAGUUUGAAAGACAAGCCGCAAAUAGCCAUGCAGUUUCUACGUAGGUACGAUAUCAACAAACAAUUCGACAAGUUUAGAAUAUUCUCAGGUGUACAGAGGUUUUUGUCGUCGAGCUACUUGUUCAUGAAUAUUUCUCUACCAAUGAUUAGAAAUUGUUUUGAUGUUUACGUAAUAACCGUUGAGAAAAUGAAUUGUGAAAAUGACCGCGAUGGUUUGUUUACAGGAAGAAUUCAUUUACCGUGGGCUCAGGAAGAUGUCUAUGCCAGACCAGCCCAAUCUACAGAAUUCACUAUUCUUUUAAAGAUUCACACCUCAAAACCAACAGCAGUUUCAGAAUUCGCACAGCUCCACGUUUGGAAAACAGAUGAAUGUUCUAUUGAGGUCACUGUGGAGUACCAGUUUACUCGAACUCUAGGUCGAAUUUUUAUCCUCUAUGCUCCGCUAGUUCCACAGUGGAUUUAUUCCUGGAUAAUGAUUGUUCUAGUUAUUCAACUCGGACAAAUGUCAGAUAAAAGCAUUUGCUUGUCAAUUUGGUCAAUUGUUACCUCAGGCACGCUAAUUAAGUUUAUUCCGCUCUUCGUAUUACUUUGUAAUGAAUUGUUAAUGAAGUCUUUGAUUGGUAGCCUUGGUUGGUUUGACGUUAUCUCUCAGUCUCGUGGUUUUGACGGUCUUGUGUUAUAUGAUUGGGCAUUACCCUCGUGUUUUGUAAUUCUGACUGCUUUUGUAAUAUUUCUAGCUCUUUACAUUUUUCUCGAAAUCAUCCUGUCAUCCCUCGCUUGGUUACUUUUAUUAUCUCCAUCAAAACUUAUUCAACCUCAGACUAGUACUACUGUUAUGGUACUGUUCUAUAGCGGCUUGGGGCUGGUCCUUUUCUCUUUGAUGUGCUUAUGCAGUUCUAUUGCCAUUUACUUCCUGGCAAUGGCUAGCUUUAUUCAUUGCUGUAGGACAACGGCGAAAUCUAGAAUUUUUAUUACAGAAGUCAGCAGCUUUGACAAGUGUCAGAUUGCCAGCAAACUGAAUUUAAGCAAGUUACUUUUAGUCUUCUUGUUAAUUGUUUCUUUUCAAACUACUCCAGCUUUUAUAGUUUGGCUCAAAGUUUUGCCAACUUCGUGGUUCCUUCCAUCUGACCCUUUUCGUACCUUGGUUUUACUUCUUAUCCCAACUGUCGUUUGUUGUCUUGAAAUGCAUGUUCGUAAACCUCCCAAGUAUGUUGUAUAUGUCAUCUUGUUUGUGUGGUGUGUUGGUUGUCUACUUCUUUCGUUAGAUAGGUUUCCAUAUAUUUUUGGGUUUAUUUUAUUGGCAGUCAAUUUCUUUGUCUUUGAUAAACAUAAUAAGCACAAGAAAAACUGACUUGAAUAGAAAUUAAUACACCAUUGGUUAGUGUGCAGGUUAAGGAACAAGAAUCAUAUAGAGAUAUGCGUAUGACCAACAUUAGAAAUACAAGAUAAGUGAAUGCGAACUGUCUGCUGUUCCAAUGUAAGAAAUGUAACAUCUCGUAUACCAAAAGACAUAUGCCGUAUGCUCAGCAAGGUUCUGGAAUGCCCUACGUAUGGAUUAAUAUGAAAAUAAUUUAACUAUGAAACUCUCAGGUUACCCCGACUAGUAUCAAUCCUCUUUUAAAUUUAAUGACCGUACGGAUUGCCUACGAUCAUGGAAAACAAUAUAUUUAAAAUGAGAUCAGGCUCGUAGCUUGACCAAACUACUUGUACGUUGAACAUGCAAUUUUGCAAUGGACGGUCCGUGAAAAAUCUAGUGAGCUCCACAUUACCAUAUACUGUAUAUCUGGAGCGAGAACUCGAGUCCAAAAAGUGAAGCCAAUACAGUGGAAAUUGAAGAUCUAUUGGACGUUAGUUCCAGUCCUUUCCAUUUUUUCUGCGCGGUUAACAUGAAGCUGAAAUUUCGUAUUUUGACAUCGAUUUAAAGAAAAAUACUGGGAAAAUGGUAUUAAAACUGUUUACGACCAUCUUAUAGCUCUUUGACGUCAAUUCCGCCAUCUUGGCUUCACUUUUCUCAUAGGUCAAAUGACUGAAGUUUGUGCUCCAUAUAUAUAUUUAAAUGUCAACUUAAAAAUUUAUAACAAAAACUUGCC